AAUGAAGCUCCGCCACCGUCCGUUUGACCUUUGGCUGUUUACCGACCUUCUUUGAUUGGUUCCCAAUAUGUAUCCGCCGCGUGUUCGCGCCAACCACUCAAUACCCUCUCCGGGUUCUUCCACAAUCCAAUUUCCAAAAUCCCCAAUUUUCUUCUUCGUCUUCUUCAUCUGCUUCCAAAUAUGCCGUUCAUUGAGAUUAACACCAGCACCACAGGCGCGGAGGACGCCAAGAUCAACACAGCAAUCAAAAUUUUCUACAGAACUUACGGACGCGGAUCAACCAAGGUCCUCCUCAUAAUAGGAUUGGCCGGAACCCACGAUUCAUGGAACCUCCAAAUCAAAGGGCUUACAGGCACCGAUGUGCCGAAUGACCACGGCAAUCGGAACACCGUCGGUAACCAGAUUGCGGCGGACGACGGCGAAGAAGCCAGCUUCGAAGAUGGCGGAGGAAUCGAAGUUUGUGCAUUUGACAAUCGGGGAAUGGGCCGAAGCUCCGCCCCCACCAAAAAAUCUGAAUAUACAACAAAGAUAAUGGCCCAGGAUGCCAUUGCCUUAUUGGAUCAUUUGGGAUGGGAAAAGGUCCAUGUCUUUGGUCAUUCCAUGGGAGGUAUGAUAGCUUGCAAAUUAGCUGCUAUUGCGCCUGAAAGAGUCAAGUCAUUGGCCAUGCUCAAUGUCACUGGUGGAGGCUUCCAAUGUUGCCCCAAGCUUGACAGGCAAACAUUCGACAUUGCAGUCCGAUUCUUAAAGGCCAAGACUCCUGAACAAAGGGCAAGUGUUGAUUUGGAUACACACUAUUCAAAGGAAUAUCUUGAGGAGUUCGUCGGAUUUGAAACAAGAAGAGCGGUAUUAUAUCGGGAAUAUGUUAAAGGUAUAUCAGCAACAGGAAUGCAGACUGAUUAUGGUUUUGCUGGUCAAGUCAAUGCAUGCUGGACGCAUAAAGUGACGAACAAAGAGAUCGAAUGCCUUCAAUCUGCUGGAUUUCUUGUAUCAGUCAUUCAUGGAAGGCAAGAUGUUAUUGCUCAAAUAUACUAUGCUAGAAAACUUGCAGAGAAGCUUUAUCCUGUUGCUAGAAUGGUAGAUCUUCAUGGAGGUCAUUUAGUUAGUCGAGAGAGAACCGAAGAGGUAAAUCAAGCUCUUCUUGACUUAAUCAGAGCUUCAGAAACGAAGAUGAGCCCACAGGACUGGACAAACUUGCCAAAGAAGAGCUCAUGGUGGAUGGAGGAGAGAAUGUCAUUAAUAACACUAAAAACUGAAGGAGGAGGAAGCACUGUCUCCACCAAACCUUUCUUGUUGGAGAGACUGCAUCUUUUCUUCCUGUAUCUCUUCGGUCUGAUUCUUUUCAUGUUCGAGUAUCUCCGGGACACCUUCAAAAGCUUGAAACCAGCUCGAGUUGGGCCCUCCCUUACGUGAAGAAUCGUUCCAAAGACUAAAUUUUUACAGGGUCUGUUCAUCUUUGCUAUCUGAUAGGCAAUGAUCCAAUCAUCAAAGUGAAGAUGGGGAAUGAAUUCUCUUGCAAUAUUGAGAAAUUAUAUCAACAAGGGAGAUAAUCCAACAAAAGGCCAAUGUUAAAGCCUGGUAUACCCUCCCUUCUUCUGUAUAAUCUAUAAAACUGUUCAUCCUGUUCAUCUUAUACCACUAAAUGCAUAUUAUUCUCUGUUUAAAAUUCGUUUUAUAGUUCA